CAAAACUGGUAGUUAAGACUACUUCGUUCCGGCUAUAUUAACCGUAUCACUAGUUUCAACAAGACAUUUAAGGUUUUUCAUCGUCUGUUAAUAUUGACUUACUUAUCUUAUUAAAUUUCAUUACGAUAUCUAUUCGAUAUAGAAAUUCGUAUUCUUAAGAUUAACUUUUUUAUCAAUUACGUACUAUUUCAUAACUGUUGAGAGCGAUAAUGUAUAUAAAUUCCAUGUGAAUAUGCAGAAUUAGCUAUGUCUGAAGACGAUUGGCGACCACCAACUGAAGCUGAACGUAAAGUUCUGGAAAAGAGACGAGAAAGAUCUGCAAAGAUUAGUCAGUCGAUGGGAUCUUAUCUGCUGAAAGGCUACAAAAUGUUAGAUGCUGAAUGUCCAGCUUGUGGAACCAUCCUUUUAGAAAGCAAAGACAAAACAAAACAUUGCGUGUCAUGCAUAGAUUUAGUGUCAGAUUCAGAUAAAGAUGAUCCAGCCACAGAUGACAGAGCUGCGCAGAGUUUGAUAGAAGAAAACAAAUUAAAAGAAACAAAUGCUCCUGUUUGUCUGGCUGGCUCUUCAACGGGCAAUUAUUCAACAUCAAUUCAAGUGUUGCAACAAAAAAUCAAUGAAAUGACCCAACUUUUGGCAAACAAAUCUGAUCCUAUAGUUAUUUUGCAAUUAGCUGAUACCAUUAGACAUUUGGCUGAUGCUAUAAAAUCUCUUAGAGAUAUAUAG